AUGGCUACAAGAUUGUCUAUUGGUCUCAUUGUGCUGUCUCUUUUCUCUGUUAUUUCAUGUUCAGAUGUCCCCAUGCCUGGCGGUACAAUUAAUAUCAGUCCUGACCGACCUGAUGUUCUGAAAGCCGCCAACUUUGCCAUCAAUGAGUUCAACAAAAAAUCAAAGGAUGACUACCUCUGCAAACUUAUAAAGGUUAUAUCGGCUCAAUCCCAGGUUGUUGAAGGAAUAAAUUAUUUCCUGGAAGUGCAAAUUGGAAGAACACAAUGCAAAAAUGACGCCAACAGCGAUGUACAAUCCUGCAACCUGUUUCAGGACUCAAAAUUGUCUCAGGUAUCUGUUUGCAGAUUCCAAGUCUGGGACAUCCCAUGGUUAAACAAGGAAACACUUACCAGUUACUCCUGUACAGCACAGUGA